CGAACAUACCAAACACAACCAGACACCUUCGCGAACUUUCUCUUUCGUCCUCCAUACAUGCGCACCGCCACAACACCCCCUUCUCAUCGCAGAGCAAUUCGAAAAGCAACUCCGAGCGAGAAAACAAAUCUCAGUUCCAACUUCCAAGAAAAGCUCAAGGUCCGCCGCAGCAGCAGCAAUGGCGUCUCGCCGAUUCUUCGCGUACGACCCCUACGACUACUACUACGCCUCACCGUACCACUACACCUACCCGUACUACCAAAACCAGCAGCCGGCCCCACCCUGCGGCGCCGGUGGCUUCUUCCCGGACGCCGCGCCGGAGGCGGUGAGCGUGGCUCCGCGGCCCAGGGUCCAGUCGUCGAGGCCGGUCUCCAUCCCCGUCCGCUUCGUCGGGUCGGACCUGGAGCCUGAGAGCGGGACGGUUAGGAUGCCGCCGCCGGCGGCGACGGCGGUGCCGAGGAAGCGGGCGCCGUCGGCAGAGGAGGCCGCGUUGAGGGUGCAGGCGGCGACGCGCGGGUUCCUGGCGAGGAGGUCGGUGCGGGCGGUGCGCGACGUGGAGAGGGAGGCGGAGGAGGUUAGGGGCAAGAUCGCGCGCGAGGUGGAGGCGCUGCGCGUCGACGCGAUGGCGCGGGUUGCCGUCGGGGAGGCGCUCAUGAGGAUGCUGCUCCGGCUCGACGCGGUGCGCGGCGCGCGGGAGUACCGGAGGAAGGUCACCAAGCGGGUGCUCGCGCUGCAGGACGCCGUGGACGCCCUCGAGGCGACGCCGGCGCUGGUGGCCGCUUCGGAUCAGGAGAUCGAGUCCGCGGUGACGGCUGACGAGAGCGCGGUUGCUUCGGAGGUUACUGAUGUGGUGGAGCGUAGCGGCGAGAUCGAAGAGGAGGCGGUUGAGGCCGCUGCCGAGAUGGAGGUGGACGCGGACGGAGCCGACGGCGAGCAGGGAGAGGCGGAGGAAAGGAAACAGGCGCUCGAUGCGGAGAACCUUGCCGGCGACAAGCCGGAAGGUUCGGACGCGGAGGGCGAGUGGGAGAUGGUGACGGAGGAACCUGAGCCCGCGGCGGAGCCGACGACGUGCCACGAGGCGCCGCAGCACCAGGAAUCGGCGGGAACAGAGAUCAGAACGGCGGCGGAGGCCGGCGGCGCCGGCCUGGACACUGCGAAGGUGAUGGAGAUGGUGGCAGCGCUGUGCGAGCGGAACGCGCAGCAGUGCGCGGUGAUCGGGGCGCUGGCGGAGCGCGUGGACGCGCUGGAGCGCGCCGUGCGACGAGUGGAGGACGCCGAGCGCCGGCGGCGGCGGGCCAAGAAGCUCAGGAAGGAGGGGAAGUGGAGCAACAACGGCAAAUGCUACAGCGACUGAGGGAGAUCCGAGCACUAAUAAUAGCUCUGCUUCUGAACUUUUUUCUUCUUCUGUAGUUUGGUAGAAAUCCGAGCUCUUCUUGUAAAUUUGUUUCAAUUGGUUUGUACGAUUCAGUUUUCUCAAUGUGAUUUGCAAUGCCCUAUCUUGGAU